UUAGGCACUCUCAGGCUUCUCUUGGCCCAGUGUGUGUUGGCUGUGUGGUGGGGAAGGUACAGGCGUCAUGGAGCAGCAAGCUAAGAUUUGUGCCCAGAAUGGAGAGGGAGAAACACACAUGGUAAACCUGAGUAGCGAUACAGUCACCGAGCCCUCGAAAGCCAUGAAGGAAGCCAUGAUGUCGGCGCCCCUCGGAGAUGAUGUGUUUGGCGAGGAUCCUACAGUAAAUGCGUUACAGGAGAAGGUCGCCGAGCUGCUGGGCAAGGAAGCGGCACUCUUCGUCCCUACUGGCACCAUGGGUAACCUUAUCUGUGUACUGAAUCACUGCAGGACGAGGGGCAGCGAGGUGUUGGUUGGUGACCUGAGUCAUAUCCACAUAUGGGAACAAGGAGGCGUCUCUCAGCUGGGCGGCGUACACCCUAGGACACUGAGGAACCUGCCAGAUGGAACGUUCAGCCUGACGGAGCUCCGACAGCUGGUGAGAGGUGUAGACGACCACUGGCCUACCACUGCCCUCGUCUGCGUGGAGAACACACAGAACAUGGUGGGCGGGAGGGUGCUGCCCCUAGCCUGGCUCGACGAGCUAGGAGUGCUGUGCCGGGAGCUAGAACUGCCUCUACACAUGGACGGGGCCCGUCUAUUCAACGCAGCCGCCGCCCUGGGAGUACCCCCGUCUAGGAUCGUGAAGGAUUGUGCUUCUGUUAGCAUCUGCCUCAGUAAGGGCCUGGGAGCUCCUGUAGGAUCCGUCAUCGUUGGCUCCAAGGACUUUAUUAAGAAUGCCAGGCGUCUCCGGAAGGCGUUGGGCGGGGGCAUGAGACAGGUGGGCGUGUUGGCGGCCGCGGGGAUAUACGCCCUCGACCACGUGGGGCCCACCCUCACCCGCGAUCACGCCUACAUACAGGAGGUGGCCAGAGCUGUGGUAGAGUGUAAGAGCGAGAUCAUCAAGUGUGACCCCGCCUCCGCCCACACCAAUAUCUUGCUGCUCGAGUGUGACCCUGAAGCUCUUCCCCCUAGUCACCUGUGUGAGAGGAUGGACCAGGUAACUGACGAAGAGGUGGCAGCCAUAGGAGAGAGAGUUGUUGCUCGGAUACUUCCCAUCACUGACACGGCAGUUCGGAUGGUAGUUCACUGUGACAUCACUCAUGAGGAUAUCCAGUCAGUGAUUAAUAAACUAAAAUAUGUCAUCAAAGAGUUCGACGGCAAAGCUUGAUUGGUUGAAUAUUUUGACGUCAUCCCACUCCAUGAAGAAGAAGUUGAUGGCGAACGAUUUGGAGCACAACAGCGGCAACCUGAUUGGUCUUAAGCUGUGACGUCACUCAUGAUAACCAGUCACUGACAAAAACAAGGAAAAAAUUGUCAUUUUGGAAGUCGAAAGUAAAUAUUAAUUAGAACCUCGAGGUAAAACUGACUUAAUUUAAUGAUAAACACUAGAGUAAGAUACAAUUAUAUUAUUGUUGUAUUUUUUGUAUCGGAUUUAUUAUUUUCAAUGAAUUUCUUUGUUGGUUA